UGACUGUCCGCUCCGCCGCACGAGAGCUGUGAAACGCGACACUUAUUUGAAGCGAAUUAUUAAUGGCAGACAGAAGAUUUAGAAAAUAACUGUCAAUAUGGGGGAUGAUGGUAUAGACUACAACAUAGUUUUUCCAGAGGCACUGAUCUCAGAGAAACACUGGCGCGGAUCAAAGGAGCCAGUCGUUAUUCUCCUUGGCUGGGCAGGCAGCAGAGACAAACAUCUCGCCAAAUACAGCUCCAUUUAUAACGAACAGGGAUGUGUGACUCUACGCUACACGGCUCCUUUGAAGACUGUUUUUAUUUCUGAACCUUUGGGCUACAAGGAACUAAGAAGCACUGCGCACAAAUUACUUGAACUUCUGUAUGACUACGAGGUGGAGAACAACCCAAUUUUCUUCCAUGUGUUCAGCAAUGGGGGCUUCAUGCUUUACCGCUACAUGGUCGAGUUAUUGCUUAGUCACAAGCAGUUUAGCACUCUGUACGUGGUGGGCACAGUUGUGGACAGUGCACCGGGCAGCCAAAACAUUAUAGGGGCGCUCAGAGCGCUCAAAACCACUUUAGGGCCUAAAGUCAAUGUGCUACUGCAGUACUUCCUCCUGGCACUGUUUGCUGUGGCGGUUUUCCUUCUCAGGAUUGUUUUGUAUCCUGUGACCAAGUACUUUCACAAGAACCACUAUGAUGCCAUGACGGAUCACCCGGCGCCCUGGCCUCAGAUGUACCUCUAUUCCAGAGCAGACCGGGUGAUAAGGUACAGGGAUGUGGAGAAGAUGGUUAAAGUGUUGCGGGAGAAAGGGUUGACGGUUGAAAGUUUUGAUUUCAUCACCCCUGCCCAUGUGAGCCUGUACAGAGACUGUCCAGAGGACUAUUCCAACAGGUGCAGGACGUUUCUGACCUGCUGCAUGACUACUUCAGAGGAGACCCCGGUGAAAAAGCGCUUCCAAGUGCAUCACUGAUUAUACAGUUCUUGAUCGGCUAUAUAAUACACACACUGUAAAUUUACAUGUGCCCAUCCUGUUUGUGAAAUAAAAGCACUGCUGUUUAAUAAAUUAAACAAACUGAUCUUAAGCCCUACAUGAAGUUUAACCGGGUUAAAUUUGUACCCAAAUCUCUGAUGUAUUUGUCUUAUGCUGUGAAUCAAAUUGUAAUUUAGGGAGUUAUUGAUUUGUCACAUUAUUGAGACUUUUAGACAUUGUGAAUGACUACAUUUGUGUAUUUAGACAUUGUGAAUGAAUAAUGUAUUAAUGUCUUGACUAAUGUGCCUUCCAUAAAUAAAAGCUUCUGUUAACUAA